AUGGCUUCGGCCAAUUCAUCGGAUGAUGUUGUCUCUUGUCCGAGCUGUUCGAAGCCAUUCAGUUAUGGUCAACUGAACAGCCAUCUUGACAAAUGUCUCGGAUCGUCACCAAAUGAUGAUCGUCAGGCUAAGAAGACCCGCAUAGGAGCUGAUACAACACCAUCGAAGCCUGCCACCUCCGUUCCCUCCACUUCGAGGGAAAGACUCGACAGUGUUGCUCCUUUGGCAGAACGCUUGCGGCCGAAGUCCCUCGCUGAUUUUGUGGGUCAAGAGGGUGUUGUGAAUGGGCCCUUAAAAGCCUUGCUCAGCAAAGGAGUGGUGCCGAAUUCUAUUCUAUGGGGUCCACCCGGUACAGGAAAGACUACGUUGGCCAGAAUACUAGCACGUACAACGAAUGGCGGCAAUCAGCAACCGUAUCGUUUUGUAGAAAUUUCAGCAACUACUGCAGGAUCAAAUGAUGUCAAAAAGAUUUUUGACGAAGCAAUAAAUCGACUUCAGCUAGUGGGACAAAGGACUAUUUUGUUCAUUGAUGAGAUUCAACGUUUCAGUCGUGCUCAACAAGAUGUAUUUUUACCCGUGAUCGAAAAAGGUCUUUGUACGGUGAUUGCUGCAACGACCGAAAAUCCAUCUUUUCGAUUACAAGGUGCAUUGCUUUCCAGAAUGCGUGUCUUCGUUUUAACAAAGCUGAGCGUAGAUGAAUGCUUUGAAGUACUGCAUCGUGCUAGAAGGAGAAUUCAAGAUUCGGAACCAAGUGAUGCUAGUCCCGUCAAAUAUGAAGAAGUGAUUGAUGAUACUAUGCUUCGAUGGAUAGCUAAUAUGGCUGAUGGAGAUGCAAGAACUGCUUUGGGAGCUCUGGAGAUCGCAUUGGCCACAAUUAAUACCUCUUUGAAUUCGGAAGAAAAGCUUGCAGCGCUCAAAACAAACCUAAAAAGGACUACAUUACAAUACGAUCGAACAGGUGACCAUCACUAUGAUACAAUUAGCGCUUUGCACAAAAGCAUACGUGGUUCAAAUCCAGAUGCUGCUCUCUAUUGGUUGGCAAGAAUGGUGGAAUCGGGUGAUGAUCCACUUUUUAUCGCAAGAAGGAUGAUCGUUGCUGCUUCGGAAGAUUGCAAUACGCUUGAAGCUUUACAAAUGGCAAAUGCAACUUAUCAAGCAUGUCAAGUGGUCGGAUUACCAGAAUGUGCCGAAAACUUGGCUCAAUGUGUCGUCUUUUUGGCCGAAUCCAGCAAAUCAACAAGAGCCUACCGGGGAUGGAAAAAGGCACAAGCUUUGGUACGAGAUGCGUACAAUUAUCCUGUUCCGAUCCAUAUUCGAAAUGCACCAACAAAGCUUAUGCGUGAAUUAGGUCAUGGAAAAGAAUAUCGUUAUGAACCUUCUUUUGCCCAUCCGGUUGUACAAGAAUUCUUUCCGCCUGAAUUACAAGGAACCCGACUCCUUUCGCCUCCUCCGCCCCAAAGCAGGGACGCAAAGAGAAAGCUUACAGAAGAUUUGCAAUCAGGUGAGGAUGAUUGUGGUGUAGAUGAACAAACAGAAGAACUGCCAACUAUGCCAAAAGCCAACGGGAUCGGACCUGGAGCAUGUCAGCGUAUAUUCAAGAUCGGCGCUCGAUCUGCAGAUCUGGAUUUGCUGGAAGAAUGGGAACGUGAAAGGAAUGGUGGAAAGCCUUGGUCAGGCCGAGAGAAUUUGAUGAAAAGGAUCAAGAAGGAAGCAAUCGCGACCACAGAUACCCAAAAAGAAGAACAGAUGUGA